AUGGCGUUUUGCCGCCCCACGCUACAACUCUUAUCAUAUCUUCGCCUAUAUAUAUCGCUCAAGUUCCAGUUUCGUUUCAGCUCAUUGAACUGAAUAAAGUCGGUGUGCUAUAGCUACCAUUCCCCCGGACCUGUGUGUUGGCGCUGUGAAAACCGUGCGAAAUGCUGAGGUGCUUCCUGGUCGCGGCGGCGGCGGUGGCGUUGGCUGCGGCGGCGGCAGCGCCGGCGAGGGCUAUCCCGUUCACGGAGAGCGACCUCUCGUCGGAGGAGAGCCUGCGGGCGCUGUACGAGCGGUGGCGGAGCCGGUACACCGUGUCGCGGCCGGCAGCAUCAGGAGGCGUUGGCAACGACGACGGCGAGGCUCGCCGGCGGUUCAACGUGUUCGUGGAGAACGCGAGGUACAUCCACGAGGCGAACAGGAGGGGCGGCCGGCCGUUCAGGCUGGCGCUGAACAAGUUCGCCGACAUGACGACGGACGAGUUCCGCCGCACCUACGCGGGCUCCAGGGCGCGCCACCACCGCAGCCUGAGCGGCGGCCGCGGCGGCGAGGGGGGCUCCUUCCGGUACGGCGGAGACGACGAGGACAACCUGCCGCCCGCGGUCGACUGGCGCGAGCGCGGCGCCGUCACCGGCAUCAAGGAUCAAGGCCAAUGCGGGAGCUGCUGGGCGUUCUCGACGGUGGCGGCGGUGGAGGGAGUGAACAAGAUCAAGACGGGGAGGUUGGUGACGCUGUCGGAGCAGGAGCUGGUGGACUGCGACACCGGUGAUAACCAGGGCUGCGACGGCGGGCUCAUGGAUUACGCGUUCCAGUUCAUCAAGAGGAACGGAGGGAUCACCACCGAGUCCAACUACCCAUAUAGAGCGGAGCAGGGGAGGUGUAACAAGGCAAAGGCAAGCUCUCACGAUGUAACGAUUGAUGGCUACGAGGACGUUCCUGCCAAUGACGAGUCGGCUCUACAGAAAGCAGUCGCAAACCAGCCUGUGGCUGUUGCAGUAGAGGCUAGCGGCCAAGAUUUCCAGUUCUAUUCGGAGGGUGUCUUCACCGGAGAAUGCGGCACGGAUCUCGACCAUGGUGUUGCCGCUGUCGGUUACGGUAUAACUCGAGACGGCACCAAGUACUGGAUCGUCAAGAACUCGUGGGGCGAGGAUUGGGGCGAGAGAGGGUACAUCAGAAUGCAGCGUGGUGUGUCGUCAGACUCGAAUGGGCUGUGUGGCAUCGCGAUGGAGGCUUCUUACCCUGUCAAAUCAGGAGCACGCAAUGCUGCUGCAAGUAACAGAGUGGUUAAAGACGAGAUGUGAGCCUGUGAUCGAUGGAGGGAUAUGAUAUGGAUAUGAUCGAUGCUUUAUGUGUGCUUCGCUGAAAGUAGUGCUAGCUAAGCUUUCGUUGUCAACUGGAUUUAAUCUUCUACUGUUCACGGUUGUACUGUACGCCAGGUGUCAAAUCAGAAGUUAGGUAAAAUAAAUUCAAAGAGGAGCAUGACUAACAUAAUGUGCUCAACUGGAUUGCUGAAAAAUUUGCUCAAAUCGACAUUACUGGGAAAAUAUUUUUUGCA